AACCCCUAAAAACCCUAGUUUCCUACUUACCCCAUACUUUAAACCCCUGCUUGUCCAAUCCUCCCAGAAUCCCUAGCCACCACCAUAACCCCUAAAGCCUCCAAACAUCCACCAUCAUGGACCCUAAAGCUGUGAAAUCAGACCUGGUCCUCAUCCUAGACUAUGGCUCCCAAUACACCCAUCUUAUUACUCGCCGUAUUCGCUCUCUCAACAUCUUCUCUCUCUGCAUUUCUGGCACUUCCCCCCUUGAUGCUAUCACAUCCCUUAAUCCCAAAGUCAUCAUCCUCUCUGGAGGGCCUCACUCGGUCCAUUCUCCCAACUCCCCCGCAUUUCCCGCUGGGUUUGUGGAGUGGGCCCAGUCCAAUGGAUGCUUUGUCCUUGGCAUUUGCUAUGGGUUGCAGUUGAUAGUGCAGAGGUUGGGAGGGGAGGUGAGAGUUGGGGAAAAGCAGGAGUAUGGGAGGAUGGAAAUUGUGGUGGACAAGAAUUCGGGUAUUUUUGGGAAUAAAAAAGUUGGGGAUAAUCAGGUAGUUUGGAUGAGCCAUGGAGACGAGGCUGCGCAGUUGCCUGAGGGGUUUGAAGUGGUGGCCAGGAGCCAACAGGGGGCGGUUGCAGCUGUGGAGAAUAGGGAGAAGAAGUUUUAUGGGCUGCAGUAUCAUCCUGAGGUGACUCAUUCACCAGAGGGCAUGGACACACUACGCUAUUUCCUCUUUGAUGUUUGUGGAUUAAGUGCAGGUUGGAACAUGGAAAGUGUGGUGGAUGAAGAAAUCAAGUUGAUCAAUGGCACAGUGGCUCCUGAAGAUCAUGUCAUAUGUGCAUUAUCAGGAGGUGUGGAUUCCACAGUCGCUGCAACUCUUGUUCACAAGGCAAUUGGAGAUAGGCUUCAUUGUAUUUUUGUUGACAAUGGUUUAUUGAGGUACAAGGAGAGAGAACGUGUGAUGGAAACUUUUGAGAGGGAUCUGCACCUACCUGUUACUUGUGUUGAUGCUUCAGAACAGUUCCUUAGCAAGCUAAAAGGUGUUGUAGAUCCUGAGAUGAAAAGGAAGAUUAUCGGAAGGGAAUUUAUUAGCAUUUUUGAUGCUUUUGCACAUGAUUUGGAGCAAAAGUUGGGAAAGAAACCUGGUUAUCUGGUCCAAGGAACUUUGUAUCCAGAUGUGAUUGAAUCUUGCCCGCCUCCUGGGUCUGGAAGAAGCCACUCACACACAAUUAAAAGCCAUCAUAAUGUGGGAGGGCUUCCAAAGGACAUGAAAUUGAGGCUUAUUGAACCACUUAAACUUCUUUUUAAGGAUGAGGUUCGUCAACUAGGAAGGAUCUUGAAUGUUCCUGAGGGAUUUUUGAAGCGCCACCCGUUCCCUGGGCCUGGCCUUGCGGUACGAGUCCUGGGUGAUGUAACUGAAGGAAAUGCAUUAGAUAUCCUUCGCCAGGUUGAUGAGAUUUUCAUCCAAUCUAUCAAGGAUGCUGGGCUUUAUGAUUCAAUUUGGCAAGCUUUUGCGGUGUUUUUGCCUGUAAGAUCAGUUGGAGUUCAAGGUGAUCAAAGAACGCAUUCUCAUGUUGUUGCUUUAAGAGCUGUUACAAGUCAAGAUGGAAUGACUGCUGAUUGGUACUAUUUUGAACACAAGUUCCUUAAUGACGUGGCCCGAAAAAUUUGUAACGGUGUAAGGGGCGUAAACCGAGUUGUUCAAGACAUUACAUCAAAGCCUCCAUCAACUAUUGAAUGGGAAUAAUACCAUUUUGGAUGCUCAAGAUUCAGCAGAAACCAAGGAUAAAUCCAUGGUUGUGUAGAAUCAAGGUUAUUUAUACAUCUAAUUGUUGCUUGCUUCUCAUCCUACAUCCAGUGAAAGUGCCAAGAAAGAAGAUUCUUUGAGCUGGUCUAUGAUUUGAUUCUUUUGAUGCUUGAUAUCUUUGCUGGAAUCUGUAUUACCUAUUUCUUGCAAGGUAGUAUUUUUGGAUAGACAAUGUUCAUCAGAACUUAAUGAUGAUAAAUCACAAUACUAUAUUUGCUGCGCAGAUGUGACCUUUUUUAUGAGUUUUUAUUUAUUUAUUUUUUUCUAUUUGUAUA